AUGAUCGCUCGCACAAGCUUAAAGACAUUGUACAAUCGAAAGACAAUUGGCAAGCUUGCCAAAUUACCAACAUGUGAUCUAAAGCACCAGAAAAGAGACUCAUCCUCUUCAUCCUACAAUGACAAUAGCAAAGACAACAAAGAUAAAAAACAACAAAUGACAAAAUCAACGACACAAAAGAAGGGCCGUGCUCCAGAUAUACCCUCCUUUAUGCCUGUCGUCAACAUUCCUGUCGCAGAAUUAGCUCACAACGCCUUUUAUUCAUUGCAUCGACCUUUGCUGGGUCUCUCAACACCUCGUCCUUUCUUAGCGGGUGGCAUGGUUGGACAAAUUAAGAAGGAAGAAGAUAACAACGAGUCCGAAGAAGCUCUAUUACAAUACAUGAUGAGCCUCCGACCCUUUGAGCCCCCAGGUUUGGAUACCAUGAAAGAAGAACAAGAGAAAUGCUCAACAACGACAUUGACUGUCGAGGUAGAUCCAUCUUACUUUUUAAAUCAUAACAACAACCAUGAUGAAAUUGCUGAUUAUUUGACUGCAAUGCAAGAAAAGCUGGAUCUCCUGUACGACGAAAGAACUAGAAAACUUGCCAACACCAAUGUAUUGAAAAAGAAGACGAGACGUCUAAGAAAGCGCAAGGGCUUUUUCGAAAAAAACUAA